UUGGCUGGUUGUCAAAACCGAUAGGCAGGAGGAGGUAAACCAGCACAGGUUGCUCCAGAGGUUGCCAGGCAGGGACUUCAGUCUGCAGCGUCCACGUCUGUGAGGGUCUGAGACGGCGGUACCAUGGCCGACCAGGAAGAAUCCCAGAAGAUGAACGGCUCCUCCCAUCGUGAGGAGGCUCCCAAAGAGAGCAUGCAGCUGAAGAAGGAGAUCUCGCUGCUCAACGGAGUCAGCCUGAUCGUGGGGAACAUGAUCGGCUCCGGCAUCUUCGUCUCCCCCAAGGGCGUGCUGAUCUACAGCGCCUCCUACGGGCUGUCGCUGGUCAUCUGGGCCAUCGGGGGGAUCUUCUCUGUGAUAGGGGCCCUCUGCUACGCUGAGCUGGGCACCACCAUCACCAAAUCAGGGGCUUCUUAUGCGUACAUCCUGGAGUCAUUUGGAGGCUUCAUUGCAUUCAUUCGUCUAUGGACUUCUCUGUUGAUCAUUGAGCCAACCAGCCAGGCGGUCAUAGCCAUUACGUUUGCAAACUACCUGGUGCAGCCGCUCUUCCCGACGUGUGAGCCGCCGUACGCAGCGUCCAGGCUCAUCGCUGCCGCCUGUAUAUGUCUACUGACGUUCAUUAACUCUGCCUAUGUGAAGUGGGGCACGCGCGUGCAGGACACUUUCACCUACGCUAAGGUGGCAGCUCUCAUCGUCAUCAUCAUCACAGGCAUCGCCAAGCUGUGUCAGGGUAACACAGCCAACUUUGAAUCAUCCUUUGAGGGAUCGUCUACAGACCCUGGCCACAUCGCGCUGGCGCUCUACUCGGCCCUCUUCUCCUACUCGGGCUGGGACACUCUCAACUUUGUCACUGAGGAGAUCAAAAACCCUGAAAAGAACCUGCCCUUGGCCAUCGCCAUCUCUAUGCCCAUCGUCACCAUCAUCUACAUCCUCACUAACGUGGCCUACUAUGCUGUGCUGGAUGCUAGUGCUAUACUGGCCAGUGAUGCAGUGGCAGUGACAUUUGCAGAUCACACUCUGGGUGUGAUGAGCUGGACCAUCCCCAUCGCGGUGGCUCUGUCCUGCUACGGAGGACUCAAUGCUUCCAUUAUAGCUGCCUCCAGGUUGUUCUUCGUGGGAUCUCGUGAGGGUCACCUCCCAGACGCUCUGUCCAUGAUCCACAUAGAGAGGUUCACCCCCAUCCCUGCUCUCAUCUUCAAUUGUAUCAUGUCUCUGAUCUACCUGACAGUGGAGGAUGUGUUCCAGCUCAUCAACUACUACAGCUUCAGCUACUGGUUCUUCAUGGGGCUUUCCAUCGCCGGGCAGAUCUACCUGCGCUGGAAGGAGCCCGACAGACCCCGACCUCUCAAACUGUCUCUAGUGUACCCGGUGAUUUUCUGCAUGUGUACUGUGUUCCUGGUGGCGGUCCCUCUCUACUGCGAUACCAUCAACUCCCUGAUUGGCAUUGGCAUCGCCCUGUCAGGGGUCCCAGUCUACUUCCUGGGCAUCUACCAACCAGAGUCCAAACGGCCCCCCAUCGUCACCAAGCUACUGCGUGAGUGCACUGCACAUCCUGAACACACCAG